AUGUCCGCCAAACCAACGUUGAGGGUUUUAUACCUUGGCGAAGCGCCGUUCCCAGAACGCCUCGCCCAAGUGGAAUCUAUUUUGAAGGACUGCAUUGAGAGCGAAAUCGCAGUCCAAAACACCGACAACAUCGAAUCCCUUCUGAAAAGUCUCAAUUACAUCAUCCAAAGCGCAGAAGCCGGCGAUUCCACAAAAUCUAGUGAAGGAGAGGAGGUCGUUGAACAUAGUGUGGCAGAGGGCCAAGUCACUGAAUCCACCUCUGGCCCAAAGAAGCAUCGCACCCCCGGCUCGCAAAUGAAGGACGAACCUGCCUGUGACUGGAGACGAGAAGAUUGGUGAUACGAAAGUGUCUAAUCUGCAGUCAAUCCCCAGCAAGAUAUUGGCCCAGCAGAGAGCCCAUGGAGUGCAUUCCUUCAAGGACUUGGUGGUGCUCCUAAAUCGAGAACUCAGACCAUUGGUUGAAAGACCACUAGCUUCCCUAGCAGAUCGCAUGCUUGAUGUGGCAAACGCGCUUUCUGGUCAGGAGGUUAUGCGAAGAGACCCUCUUACUAGGGUAUUUAUAGCCAAGUCUGUCGGACUUGAAAAGGCUGCAAGUAAAAAGACCCAUUUGCUUGACGUCCUACUUAGUAUUAAACAUAGAUGGUUGUUUUGUCCUUUGUUGCAAAAGCUGUAGGAGCCAGCGGGGUCGAUAACUUGACGAAACUUGUAAAGGAAGGCAGAGAGACGAGAAUCGGGAAUAUGUUCAAGGCGGAUAAGGAGGCACAUUCUAGAGAAGAAAUACUGAAGCUACCUCUCGUAGCUCGAGAAUUCGCUUACUCCUAUAUCAAGGAAAUCCGACCAGAGAAUAAAAUGGGAUGGAAGUUUGUUGAGAAGUGUACCAACAAGGCACAACUGAUUCGGCAGUGGGAGGCACUCGCAAAAACCCCAGAAAAUAACUGGGUUUUCUUAGAAUGGCGAAAGGACAAAGGCGGUAGAUUGCCAAAGUAUGUCAACAUUGUUGCUGUUAUUAAGCAAGCCAUUAUUCUAAGCCAACACCCCCAUCUUGCUGUCAACUCGGUGGAGUAUAAGCAACAUCAGCGUACCAUGUCUAAGGUUAUAAACGAAGCACGGCCGUACUUCGACCUCGAAGAGGCCUUAGGUCGAGGUGUGUGGUUGUUUACACCACCCUUCAAGCAGGCAACGUAAGUCCAAGUAACAAUAUGACAAGGGCUAUUACUAACUCUUAUACAGUAUUAGCUCGCGGGGUCAGGGAAUCAUCAAUCAAUUGGCAGAACUCGUACGUCGCCUUCUGCCUGAUGUGGUGGAAUACUUCGAUUACGCAGACAGAAAUGUCUAUAUACAACGUAAUGAUAUACAACGUUUGGAUAUGGAUUUAUCGGGCCCGGACCUGAGAGAACUUCCUAGAAUGUAUCUCUGGGAGCCGGAAGCCGUUAUGAAGGCAACCAUGGGUACUGAGCCCAAUGUAUCACCUGGGACACCACGGUUUAAGCGACGAAAGAUACAAGCAUCAUAA